AUAUAAGUCAUCGUUUAUUUGUUCCAAUUUUUGUUUAAAUUUCUGUGAACUGAAGUUAUGUGGCCACUUUUAGCUCUUAUGCAAUAUCAUUUUCGAGGCACAAUAUUUUUGGUAGUAUAUAAUAUCACACUUUUUAUAGAUUGACUGAACAGUUUAAUUCUGGUUUAGUUAAACAUUCUGUUGAUUCUAAAUAAGACAGGACUAGAACUAUAUUAAAAUGGCGCUUUCGAUUGAGAUGUCACAUUUGUCGUAUGUAAUUGUAGAAAUUGUCAUGGGAAGUGAGGUAUUAUGAUUUGUACAUUUUGAAAAGUCUUGGAAAGCUGUCAGAUGUUGAAGGUAUGAAGCUAGCGAACAGUGGUCUCAAAAAUGAAGUUAUUAAGAUGUGAAGCGUUUUAUAAUUUUUAAAGGUUAGUGUUUAUAACAAAAUAAUGCUUCCCGGAAUUGGUGUAUUUGGAACUGGGAAUGUUGUAAAAGUUAUAGUACCUUUCCUGCGGGAGAAGGGUUUUAAAAUAGAAGCAAUAUGGGGCAGAACUUUGAAUGCUGCUGAAGAGGUAGCAAAGGAACUUGAAAUUCCAUUUCACACCAACAGAAUUGAUGAUGUUUUACUAAGGAAAGAUGUGGAUCUUAUAUUCAUCAUUUGUUCGCCUAACUUGCAUGCCCAGAUUGCAGUUAAAGCAUUAGGAAUUGGUAAGCAUGUCUUGUGUGACAAACCAGCUGGUCUGUGUCAGGGGGAGGCUCUCAAAAUGGUCCGAGCAUCUCAGUAUUACCCAUCUUUGAUCUCCAUUGUAAACCACAGCCUGAGGUUUCUUCCUGCCUUUGGACAGAUGCGCAGAGCCAUUGUGGAUGGGUAUCUAGGACAAGAAAGUGAGAUAACAGUUUGUGAUGUGCGAGUACAAAUGGGAAGCUUGCUGCAUGAUGCUUAUGACUGGUUGUGUGAUGAUACCAUGGGAGGAGGUGUUCUCACUUUGGUGGGGAGCCAUGUGAUAGACUUGGUGUCACAUUUAACAUCUCAGCGAGCAGUGCGAGUUCACGGUGUUAUAAGAACCUUUACCAAGACUACAGAUCAUGUAAAUGGAAUACGGCACAUUUCUAGUCCUGACUUUUGCACAUUUCAAAUGGAAAUGAGUGGCGGAGCCCUUGUCACUGCUACAUUAAACAACCACCUUCCAGGCACAUUUAGUCAAGAGGUGCUAAUAUGUGGGCAGGCAGGACAUCUAAUGGUUCGUGGAGGAGACCUCUAUGGUCGUAAAUCCAAUUCUGCAAAGGAAGAUGUAAUCUAUCUUGAUGUUGAAGAUUUGCAGCGUGGUGGGGCAAUCAACUCCACUGCUGCUAGUACCAUUCCACGUCCCUACAUGAAGGGACUUUUCAAGAUGAUUGGGGCAUUGAGAGAGGCUUUCCUUCCAGUUGAGGACAAACGUGGUUGGGUGAAAGAGCCUGUUGCCCUAGCUGCAACCUUUGAGGAUGGACUUUAUGUUCAGGCAGUGAUUGAUGCUCUGAAAAAAUCAAAUUCCAACAGAGAGUGGGUCAAGGUGAAUGUCAUUACAGAGGAGCCAGAUCCUGACCCUCUGCUGAGUGCUGCUGUUCGUCGUAGCGCCAUCUCCAUGUGAUGUCUGGACUGGCUGCCUUAAGGGGCAGUCAUUAACAUUCCACAGAUUGAUUAAUAUCAGCAUUAUAAAUGUUAUAUUUCUUACUUUGCCAUUUUAAUGUAGCUUUAGAUAUUAAAACAGAGCGGUUGUGUCUGAAGAAAGUAAGCUGCUGCAUAUCCAUGCUCUAACACAAAGAAUAUGCUAACCUUUUGGGCCUAUCUUGCGAGCAGAAUUAUGGUAACUGAGUAAUGGAAUUUAAUAGCUUGUAACAUAGUUGAAGACACUAACAUGAAAGCCAAUUUGAGGAAUUAUUUUGACUUAAUGACUUGAUCAGAAUGUAUCUUUGUAGAAUUUUGUGCAUGUACUUUCACAGAUGGUUAUCAUUUAAAAACGUAAGUAGGGUUUUUGGUUUUCACAACAGUGAGUCUGAAGAUGGCUGUCUUCUGGGUUGUUGCUCUGUGUAGUCUGGUAGAAGUUUACCAACAUCAUUGCCUUGAUGAUGGAGGCAGCAAGGACGUCUGAAACAUUGGUAAAUAUCUACCAGACUACAUGGCACAACAACCCAAAAGACAGCCAUCUUCAUUAGAAACUUGAUCAGAGCACAUCACUUCAGAUUUUUAUUUGUGUAUAUUCAUUGGGGCAGAGUAGUUAUCACUUGAGAGGCUGUGGUGAUCCCAGUAUGUAGAUUCUGUACAGAAUAAUUUUAUGAUUUCAGCUUAGUAUUUUCUGAACUUGGCAUCCAUUUUGGUGUACAUACUUCACCUGAUUGUGGAUGGACAGUGGUGCUAUUCCAAUCUUAAAAUCACCUAAAAUGGGUCUUUUAAUUGCUCUUAGAAAUUCUUGCUGGAAUUAACUAUAUUGUUUAUUUGGGAGAAUAGUGGAUAUUUUAUGUCAUACUGUAGCUGUAAUAUUCAUAUCAAAUUGCCUUCUCUGCUUUUCAUGACAUACAUUAUUUGUCUUUUGUGAACUUACUACAAUUCUUAUUACAUUUGAAGUCAGUUGUAAUCUUCUCAAGCAGUAUGCUUUUAUAAAGGGACAGAAUGUUGUCAAGGUGGCUUCACAUUUUUCUUUUUACCAUCUUGUCUGCAACAGCUGUAGACCCAGAGAAUCUUUCUUUGUUUAAGUAAUCCGAGCAUGAAGUUGACCACUCAUGUCCAUUCAGUACCAGAGUUCUAAACCUGCAAUCUCUCAGGGUUUUUUUUUUAAUUUUGUACUGCCUAUGGGCAUUUUUGUUGUAUUGCAUCAUCCUAUAUAAUGACAAAAUUUGUUACUGAGAUAAAUAUAUAAUUGUAAGUGAAUAGUUAAUAAGAAUAACAAAUCAACAAGUUUGCUAGUCAAAAUUAUUAAGUGAUGUGUUUUCUUAUUUUCAAUAGUCUGUUAGUAGAGUUUUUAAUAAAUUGUCUUAAAGUUUCAAUAAAAUCACCUCAUUUAUAACCUGGCAGCUUGCAUGUUGAUAAAAAAGGGUGAAUUUAGCAACAGAUCUUAAAAAGUUGGUAACACCUGAUCUAGUACCACAAUUAAGAAUAACUGACAUUUUUAACUUCAUGCCUUUUCUCCCCACAAGAUAUUAUGUUGCCAAGAGUUAUUAUUUACCAUUUUGCUACAAAAUUGUACAUAUGUAAGACGUAUUGUUUCUGAGUUAAAUCUCUGUAGAUAACUUGUUGAAUACUUCAGACUCUGAUCAGGUUUUUACAACUGUAUGAAAAGCUGUUUAAUGCAGUAAUAAAUUACCAUUGAAAAUAUAUUGGAUUAGUAAUGUAGUAAGGGAUUUGGCAUAUACAGAUUUUUAUAUCUUCAGAAUCUAAAAAUAUACAUUUCCUAAGUAUUCAGUUUGUUAAUACAUUGUUGUAUUACAUGAACAUCAGUUAAUUGCUUAAAUAGUAGGUAGUGCAUCCAUUAUAAGAUGGUUAACUUUUGCUUCUGUUCAUAACAUUAUAUUGUAUAUAUAGAGUCAGAUGGUUCUAACAGCAUUAUAGCAUAUUCCUGCUCUUAUGAAACUUGACCUUUGCUGGGUCAUACAGCAACCAAUUAUAAUAGUGGGGUGGGGACAGCCUUUAGCUGAAGCCUUCAGUUGCAGCUUGGGAGUGGGACAAGAUAAUUAUGUCACAGAAGUUCAUUGUUAUCACAUUUUACCGUAAACAUUGUGAAUCUGGCCUGAA